AUGGAGGCUGAGAAGCCGCAGAUCUGCAGUCAGUGUUCUAGGGAAGGAAGAGGCGACACCUUCGACGAUAUGAACACCGACCGCCUUAAACUGGAGUUACUGGAAGAAAGGCACCUGAAGGAUACAGUGCAACUCUCAGUGCUUGAAAUAAGACAGAAGAUAGCGGAACUGGAAGCCAAACUCAAUACUGACGAUGAAGGUGGUGAAUGGAAAACCCGUUAUGAGACACAACUUGAAUUGAAUGACCAACUAGAAAAGCAGAUUGUUUCUCUCAAAGAGAAAAUGGAAAAAAUCUGUGGAAAUCCUUCAGACAGACUGUCUUCUAUUCGUGUCCAUGAAUGCAUGCCAGUGGAAGCCUUAAAUACAUUGCUUAAACAACUAGAGAAAGAAAAAAGGAGUCUUGAAAAUCAAGUAAAGACUGCACUGAGACUGGAACGAGAGUUAAAGGGUUACCACAAGACCAGCCGUGAGCGCUGUACAUACCUUGCCGAAAGGUCUCAGGGUGGUGGUCUUCACCAGGUAAAUAAAAGGCAACAGAUGGAUCAACUGCCUAGAAUGAAAGAGAAUCUAGUGAAAACGGGAAGAUGUAAUUCAGUUAAUCAGAAGACAAUGAAUGCCAUGAGAGGACCAGUAAAAAAGAUUUCAAGAUCAAACCAUCUUCCAAAACUCAAUCUGUGA